CUCACUAUCAAAUCCCCAACAAAGGGUAAGGGUAGCAAGAGGUAUACCUAGCCCAUGACCAACAGAGCUCGGGUACGUCCAUCAACACAGUCAAAGAACACCAAAAGACACAAACAUGAAGCGGUCACGGGAACCAGAGGAAGACCCUCUGUCCCAACAACAAACAGCGACAACGACAAGCUGUCCUUAUCCAGACCAACAGCACUUGGGUGAUACCACUGGGACAACAACGAGCCGAUCUACCAGCGCCGAUGUCUCCGGGUCACCACCCGCUGCGAAAAUCGCUGAGCUAGAUCCCACCGAAAGCCUCAGCCAAGCCGGUCUCCAGAUGAAAUGUUCGCUGCCGCCACACAAGGACACACUGGUGUUUUCAACAUACUCCGAGUACGAAUCCCAUUAUAACAGCACCCACACCAACCGGUGUCUCGAGUGCCGUAAGAACUUCCCCUCGGCUCAUCUGCUUGGGCUGCACAUCGAGGAGAACCAUGACUCCUUUAUGGCGGUUAAAAGAGACAGAGGUGAACACACGUACUCCUGCUUCGUGGAAGGUUGUGAAAGGAAAUGCAUGACGCCCCAAAAGCGACGGAUGCAUCUCAUUGAUAAGCACAUAUAUCCCAAGAAUUUCUUCUUCGCAGUGACCCUGCACGGUAUCGACGGGCGGCAAUCGAUGCUGUUGGAUGAGCGACGGCAGAACCAGAAACCGGGCAACAGGCCACCGACAGCGGCAACAAAGGCUGGCUCUUCCAAACCUAAGCCCACCUCCAAGUCAAAGCCUCCCUCAGAAACGAAGGAGGAGCAGAUGGAAGUGGAUCAGCCCGAGCCUACUCCAACAUCGACGAAACCCGAUGCUGAGAUGAUUGACCAACCGCAUGAGGAGGCCGUUAAGGAGGAGGCCAUUAAGGAGCCGGCUGACGUGGAUAUGGGUGACUUGGUAGGCAAGAUGUCUGCACUGCAGUUCGUGCCCUCCAGCGUAAGAUUUGGUCGUGGAGGACGGAAGACUGGAUUCGCCAGAGGGUGAUAACAGAGGAAGUGCAAAAACGAGGAGCCGCUAUGCUUGAGCAAGCGAAUCCCAUCAGUCUUGAGCAGUUGAAGCAUAAUAUUGCACAUCCAAAACGGAAACAUACUGGUUUAAUCCUCACAUUCCAUGACAUCAUGCCAGAAGUUGUUCAUGGGUUUGUUAAAUCUGCUCCCUAAACAGUAAGCAUCAAGCAUAGCUUUGCAAAGGAGAAAGUAUC